AUGGCAGAUUCUACUGAGACUAAACUUGAUAAGUUAUCUUAUGUUGUUGAAACUAUGCAAAAAACCUUCGACGACAGAAUAUCUAAAUUGGAGAACAUGCCUACACAGUUAGCAUCUAUUAUGGAAUUUUUAGGUAUUCAACCAAAAGAGACUGCUGAACCUUUUGGUAAGGAUAUGGAGUCGACUGGCAAACCAGGAGAAUCUACAUCUAAAAACAAGAAACAUGAAGCUUAUACUACUGGCAUAUCUGGGUAUAAACCAAAGAAACAUGAAGUUUAUGUUCUCAAUCCAAAAAAAACAGCAUCUGAAUACAAGUUGAAGGCAUACAUUCCUGCUUUUAAUGGAAGUUUCAAGAUAGAAGAGUUACUGGAUUGGAUUUACGAAGUUGAAGCUUUCUUUGAGUUUAUGGAUAUACCAGAUGAUACAAAAGUUAAACUAGUGACUUAUAAACUCAAAGGUGGAGCUGCUGCUUGGUGGGAAAAUAUUUGUGAAGAUAGAGUUAACUAUCAUAAACCUACAGUUUGUACUUGGACACGUAUGCGCAAGUUAAUAAGAGAUAAAUUUUUACCUCAGGAUUUCAGGCAACAACUCUUUGUUAAGCUGCAACAUUGUCAGCAAGGAGCUCGUUCUGUUGAAGAAUAUGUUGCUGAGUUUUAUAGUUUAGUUGCACGUAAUCAAAUUCAAGAAUCCGAGGAACAAUUAGUUACGCGUUUCAUUGAGGGUUUGAAUAUAUUGAUUCAAUACAGUAUGACUCGGUUUGCUUUUACAAUGGUAGAAGCUAUUCAACAGGCUAUCAAGAUUGAGAAACGUCUUUCUCGAUAUUCUAAGACUCCUCAACCUCAUCAACCUCGUUACAAUACCACCUACGCAGGUCGUAACUACCAAGAUCUGUACUAUUCUUCUUCUCCAAGUUAUAGUUAUCCAGAAGAGUAUACAACUCCCCCUCCACGUCAACAACAAACCCCAAUCAAUUUUACAUAUUCACAAACCCCUUUACCUACAAAUACUGCACCUCUUCUUCCUGCACCUAUGGAUAAUACUUCUAUUCAGAAAAGUCACUCUACACCUACACAUAUUCGAUUUUCUAAUCGUCCUCCACAACAAUUUCCUCCUGUUGCUAAACCAGCAAAUCCAUAUGCUAAGUUUCGAGGGGGAAAAUGCAAUAGAUGCCAACAACCUGGUCAUACUUCUGUUGAAUGUCGUAAAUUUAAUGGCUUUAUUGGAGAUUCUACAAACCACGAUGAGUCACAAGAUAAUGAAGAUUUGGAGGAUGCAUACGAUUCAGGUGACCCUACUGACAUCCAUGAUUCUUAUGGUGAACAUUUGGUAGGUAUUAUUCGUCCGCUCUUAUUAAGUCAACCCUGUCUUUCUCAAAGACACAAUAUUUUUCGAGCUAAAUGCACCAUUGGAGGGAAGGUAUGUGAUUUAAUCAUUGAUAGUGGCAGUGUGGAAAAUUUUAUCGCUGCUCAUGUUGUUCACAAACUUGGUUUACCUGUUUCUCCACACCCACAACCAUACACUGUUGGUUGGGUCAAUCAGAAUUCUACUCAGCAAAUAACUCAUCAGUGUGCUGUUGAUUUUUCUUUUCCCGGAUAUGAAGAUUCAGUGUUGUGCGAUGUUAUUGAUAUGUCUUCUUCCCAUCUUUUGCUUGGACGCCCAUGGAAAUAUGAUACUCAGGCGGUACAUAACUAUUUUGAUAACACUUAUACUUUUCAUCAUCAAGGAAAUUUAAAAAGAUUAUGUCCUUCACAAUCUUCUUUUUCUCAGUCUUUGGUAGCUACUAUUGCUCGCUCUUUGCAGAAGACUCAUACUUUGAGUUCUCAUGAGGAAACUAAGCCCAUGAUUCAUAUUCCAGACAAGGUACAACCAUUGGUCACUCGAUUUCACACUUUAUUUCCUGAUGAAUUACCUGUCACAUUACCUCCUUUACAAGAUAUUCAACAUUGUAUUGAUUUAAUUCCUAGAGCAUCACUUCCAAAUCAAGCACAUUAUCGUUUGAGUCCAAGUGAACAUGAAAUCUUACAAGGACAGGUUAAUGAUUUUUUGGCUAAAGGGUUGAUUAGACCAAGCAAUAGUCUUUGUGCUUGUCCUGCAUUCUUAGUACCCAAAAAAGACAAUGGUUGGAGAAUGUGCAUCGAUUGUAGAGGUUUGAAUAGAAUCACUAUUCCUUAUCGAUUCCAUAUUCCUCGUAUUGAUGAUAUGAUUGAUUUAUUGUCUGGUGCUAUCAUAUUUUCCAAGCUUGAUUUAAGAAGUGGAUAUCAUCAAAUCCGUGUUAGAGAAGGGGAUGAAUGGAAGACUGCUUUCAAACCACAUGAAGGGUUAUAUGAAUUGCUAGUCAUGCCUUUCGGAUUAUCUAAUGCUCCAAGUACUUUCAUGCGCCUUAUGAAUCAGGUUUUACAACCUUUUCUUGGUCAAUUUGUUAUUGUUUAUUUUGAUGACAUUUUGAUUUUCAGUCGUAGUGAGAAGGAACAUCUCAUUCACCUGUCCAAGAUAUUUAAGGUGUUACAAGAAAAUUCUUUGUUUGUGAAUCUGAAGAAGUGUACCUUCAUGUCCUCUGAGGUUACUUUUUUAGGAUAUGUAGUCUCUGGUAAAGGUAUUUGUGUUUAUCCUUCAAAUUUUAAGGUUAUUCGAUAUUGGCCUGUUCCUACUUCAAUCAAAGAUGUUCGGAGUUUUCAUGGAUUGGCUUCAUUCUAUAGACGAUUCAUUCGAAAUUUUAGUUCCAUUGCAGCUCUUAUGACUGAGUGUCUCAAACAUGAGAAGUUUGCUUGGACAGAAGAGGCUGAUAAGAGUUUUCAUAUUCUAAAGCAAAGGUUAUGUUCUGCUCCAGUUUUAGCUAUGCCUGACUUUUCUAAACCGUUUGAGAUAGAUUGUGAUGCUUCAAUCAUUGGCAUUGCUGUUGCUUUGGAACAAUGGCAUGUUUAUUUGGUUUAUCGAGAAUUUGUUGUCAAUACUGACAACCAUGCUUUGAAGUUUUUACUCACUUCUGCGAAGGUUAACAGAAUGCAUGAUCGUUGGUUGUCUACUAUCAACAAAUAUACUUUUUCUGUGAAACAUAAGAGUGAUAUCUACGCUGAGGAUGAAGAUUUUAAGCUAAUAUGGGAACAAUGUGGUUAUUUACAUCAUAGUGUGGAUGGUUUUCUCAUUCACGACGGGUUUCUUUUUAAAGGAAAUCGUCUCUGCAUUCCGCAGGGAUCUUUACGUCUUCAUCUUACUAGAGAGUUACACGGUAGUGGACUUGGUGGUCACUUUGGUCGUGAUAAAAAUAUUUCUCUUGUUGAAGAGAGAUAUUUUUGGCCUUCACUUAAGCGCGAUGUACAUAAAUAUGUGAUGAAGUGCAUGGUUUGUCAGAAAUCUGGAGGUACAGCUCAAAAUACUGGUUUAUACACUCCAUUACCAGUACCUGAUGCACCUUGGGUCGAUGUUAGUAUGGACUUUAUUCUGUGA